AUGCUUUUUGACAUCCUAAUAACAAUUGAUCAAGAGGUUUUAAUAACACUAGCCUCUUUCAUAUGGUCUACAAAUUGGUCCCUUGGCAAGAUACUUUACUUUAGCACACGUUAUCCUGCUGUAAUUGAGGGAGUUUUGUGGCUGAUCUACCUCAAUGCAUCACCAAUAUCAAUUUUCGACACAUUGAGAUUUUCUACAUCCAGGGCGUCUUGGGCAUUCUUCAUUCCACUUCAGAGCAUCAAUAUCUCAGUCAUCAUUGUUCUUCGAACUUCUGCAAUAUGGGGCUGUAAACGUGUGGUCACCGCUUUCCUUGGAAUAGUCUGCAUUACAGCUGAUUUAACUGCUCUCGUGUUACUUGCAAAGGCAAUGAAGCGUUUCAGAUUCACAUUUGACAAUGUUGACCUUUAUCCUUUGCUUGGAUGUCUUACUGGUACACUGCAUGAUAGUACAACAGGGACAGUACCUGUGUGGUCUGCUGUUCUUAUCUUUGAUACAACCAUCUUCAUAUUAACAUUUGCGAAGGCCAUUUACUCUUAUAAAUAUUCACACGGUCGAUUACUGACAAUGCUUAUACGUGAUGGCUUUGUCUACUAUGCAGUCAUGCUUGAUCUGGGCCUGAACUUUGGUACAGCACUUGGGAUAGCCAAUCUCAUUUUCCUUUGUGCAAUGUCCAUGACACGUUCUGGUCUCAUCAGUUGCUUACUACCUGUGCUACGUGCAAGUGUCAGUGUUAUUGGUAGCCGACUGGUGCUAAACCUUCGUGGAGCAGCUUCACAAAAUGUGGAGGUUAGCAUAAGAGCAGGUGGAAAUGUGGGCAGUAUGAAACUGGUAGAUCUCUCAUACAUGAGUUUCGGAGGUAGCACAGCUCUCGGUACGGUGCCUGAACAUGAACAAGCAACUACUGCUGAAGAGCUUACUGAGUUGGAGGAAGUCAAUCACACAAAUAUGUCCAACGUCUAA